UUUCCGUUGUUUGGGUUGAACUGCGACUGCUCGGUUGUUCAUGGAUGACGGCGUCUAAUAGGGGCUUUGCAAUCUAUUGCUUCACUUUCUUUUUGUCUACUUGUUUUUAUCCUAUUUGCUGUAAAUAACGAUUUGCUUUACGACUGCUUUUUGGUGUUUCGAGACUUGCUAGCUAGUAGCAAGCAAUGAAUCAGUUUGACCAUUUGAAAGAUGAUGACACCGGAGACAAUGAAGACCCGGCAGCCACCCGUGAAGGGAAGAUGGACAGCAGUGGUGUCAACAAUCACAAUAACAACGUACGACGAAAGGCCAUUUCUCCAGGGGCAGGUGAACACCCUCUCCAGUACAACUACACGUUUUGGUACUUCCGCCGAACACCCAGCCGUCCUGCCAACACCCAGAGCUAUGAGCAGAACAUCCGCCAGAUAGGCACGGUGGCCUCGGUGGAGCAGUUCUGGAAGCUCUACAGUCACCUGGUGCGGCCGGGAGACCUGAUUGGCCACAGUGACUUCCACAUCUUCAAGGAGGGCAUCAAGCCCAUGUGGGAGGAUGAAGCAAACAAGAACGGAGGGAAGUGGAUCAUUCGGCUGCGGAAGGGGCUGGCCUCACGGUUCUGGGAGAACAUCAUUCUGGCCAUGCUGGGGGAGCAGUUUAUGGUGGGAGAGGAGAUCUGCGGUGUGGUGGUGUCUAUCCGCUUCCAGGAGGAUAUCCUGUCAAUCUGGAACAAGACUGCCAACGACCAAGUGACUACUUCUCGUAUCAGAGACACACUGCGCCGAGUCCUCAAUUUGCCCCCCAACACCAUAAUGGAGUACAAAACCCACAACGAUAGCCUCAAGGACAAUUCCAGUUUUCGCAACACGAAGAUCGCAUUGUGAUGGACCUGAAAGGGACAAAGGGGGCCGGUGACAUGCAUAUAGCCCUGUAUCUCUUGCUACUAAUGGACCUCGUCUUGGACAACUGUGGAAAAUGUGUGGGGUGUGAGAGAGAGAGAGAGCCAGGGUGUGAGCGAGAGCAAAAGAGGGCGACUGGGCGAGCAGAAGGCGUGUGUGUGCGCAUGUGUGCGCGUGUGUUUCUGCACAUGUAUGUGUGUGUUCUGCUCUCAGGGUACCUAAAACUUGUAUUUCCUCUUACAGGCUGUGUGUCUGUGAGUAGGCAGGGAGUCAUAUUGCUUGAAUUUCUGGUUUUAAUUUUUGUGAUAUGUCUUACCACCUGUGUGUAGGCAUUUAUUUGUCCCCAGUGGUACCUAUGAAAGUUUGUAUAUGUUUUUGUUAGUUUUUUCAGUGUAGUCUGGUGAUCAUUCGCAUAUAUUCAGAGGUUUAGCGCAGAAAAAUGUUUUUUUAAAAGAGAGAAUUAUUGCUUAGAUAUUGUAGAGAUGAAUGGAGCAACAUAGGAGCAGGUACUGCUCACCUCCCUUCAGUCAACUGGGAUUUGUAGCAUUUUCCUCUGGCUGAUACCUUAGGCUUAUUUUGACAGGAAAUUCCACAUGUUGAAGUGCUCAAUAAUGUUUUAAAGAAGGCUGACAGUAUGUCUACAACUGCACAUAACAGGUAAUUGAAGGUUAUGUAAUGCUAAGAAUGCAGUUAAUGCAAACAAAAAUCUCAAUUUUUAGUAAAAUUAUGUUUUGUCAGAAACAA